UCUGGUCAGAUUAUAUCGCCAAUAAUAUUUUAGCUGAAUGCGGCCCUGUGACUAAGACAGAGGUUGUGAUAAAACCUUAUAUUUUGAGUCUACAUAAUCAUUUGAACUCUGGGGACCAAGCCGAAUUCAAGAUGAAGGCUUUCCUACUCUUACUAGUCGUCGGUCUGGCUGCAGCGGCUCCAACAAGCAAGGAGGAUGAGGACAUCGUCAUCGACGAAGAAUUCUACCCUUCAGAGUGGGUCAAAUACACCUCCGAACAUGACAUCGUAAGCCUCUUGGUUCCCAUCAACUCUCUCAACUUCGAUGAAAACGACUCCUCCGAAUCCAACUCCAAGGAGGAAGAUGUAGACGUCGUCCUAUUCUUCAGCGAAGCUGACAUCAUUGACGGCAAAAAAGACUACAAAGGUGUUUCAGUGAUUAAGAAGAAUAAGGUGACCAAGCUUCUGGAGAACGGCAGAGACAUGGCCGCUUCCGGAGACGACAGCAAGCUAGUCUUCAUCGGAGCCAGCGACGGCAUCUACGUCUACAAAGAUGAAAAGACCGCCGUAGAAAAGUACGGUUCCAUCAACGACGAUAUUUACGGUAUCGCCAAGGAAAAGGACGGUGAUAUCAUGUACAUCCUCACAGCAAACAAGGAGGUCUUCAAAGUAAGCGACAACGGAAACAAGAAGGAGAAACUCGAAGGCGUCAAGGCGGAACAGAUGGUGCUGGACUACUCCAACAACCUCUACUUCUCUGACAGCGACAAGCAAGUCUACGUUCGCACCAGCGAAGGCAUCAAGAAGAUUGAGGGUCUGCCAGCCAACCCCAAAUUCAUCCAACUCCUGCGACCCGCCUUCGUUAUGGACGAUAUGGUUCCCGUCGUCGUCGACGAGACUUCUUACUUGGCCUACUCUAACGGAACCAGUGAGACCGGUGAUAUCACCUUCAAGAAACCAAAGUACAGACCAACCGCGUACUCGAUGGAGGCAGCCAUUAUUCAGUACUAUGCCAUAGAUAAACACAUCUACGAGUACAACAUGCUAGCGAUCCUCCUGGGAACUAUGUUGGAAGAGAUCAAGAACUUCCUUGGCAACCAGAAAAGCACCAUUGAGGAGAUCAGCUCGAGCCGCAAAGCCAGCGUAAGGAAAUACGUCUAAAUUACAAGCUUUAAUAUAAUACACGUUUUAUAACCUA